AUGACCCGGGGAAACUGGACAAGUGUCAGGGAAUUUAUUCUUGUGAGCUUCUCCACAUUGUCCUAUGAGUUACAGGCUCUCUGUUUUCUCUUGUUUUUGAUCAUUUACCUAGUCACACUCAUGGGCAAUGUCCUCAUAAUCCUGGUUACUACAGCUGACUCUGCCCUGCAAAGUCCUAUGUACUUCUUUCUCAGAAAUUUAUCCUUCCUGGAAAUAGGCUUCAACUUGGUCAUUGUGCCCAAGAUGUUGGGUACUUUGAUACUUCAAGACAAAGCCAUCUCCUUCCUUGGCUGUGCCGCUCAGAUGUAUUUCUUCUUCUUCUUUGGGGCUGCUGAGUGCUGCCUUCUGGCCACAAUGGCCUAUGACCGCUAUGUAGCGAUCUGUGAUCCCUUGCGAUACCCAGUAAUUAUGAGCCGCAGGUCCUGUGCCCAGCUGACAGCAGCCUCUUGGUUCGCAGGAUUCCCAGUGGCCACGGUGCAAACCACAUGGAUUUUCAGUUUCCCUUUCUGUGGCCCCAACAGGGUGAACCACUUCUUCUGUGACAGCCCCCCGGUCAUAGCGCUGGUCUGUGCUGAUACGUCACGGUUUGAACUGGGGCUCUAGCAGCCACUGUUCCUAUUCAUCCUUUUCCCUUUCUUGUUGAUCCUGGGUUCCUAUGUCCGCAUCCUCUCCACCAUCUUCAGGAUGCCUUCGACUGAGGGGAAGCACAAGGCCUUCUCCACUUGCUCCUCCCAUCUCCUGGUUGUCUCCCUCUUCUACAGCACUGCCAUCCUCAUGUACUUCAGACCACGCUCAAACACCUCUCCUGAGCAUAAGAAAAUGGUGUCACUCUCCUAUACCGUCGUCACUCCCAUGUUGAACCCCAUCAUCUACAGCCUAAGGAAUAAUGAGGUGAAGGCUGCACUGAGGCGGGUCGUUGGCAGAACUCUGAGUCCUCGGAAGCUAUGA